AAGAGUCUAUUCAGGAGGAAGUAAUCCCAGAAAAGGAAGAACAGGCAGAGCAAGAUGUGUAGCUCUGUGGCUGCCAAGUUGUGGUUUUUGACAGAUCGUCGAAUCAGGGAAGACUAUCCCCAAAAAGAGAUCUUGCGAGCAUUAAAGGCCAAAUGUUGUGAGGAGGAACUGGACUUUAGGGCUGUGGUGAUGGAUGAGGUGGUGCUAACAGUCGAGCAAGGAAACCUGGGUCUUCGUAUCAAUGGAGAACUAAUUACUGCCUACCCUCAGGUGGUGGUAGUGAGAGUACCAACCCCUUGGGUGCAAAGUGAUAGUGACAUCACUGUUUUGCGUCAUCUAGAGAAGAUGGGAUGCAGGUUGAUGAACCGACCUCAAGCCAUCCUGAACUGUGUUAAUAAGUUCUGGACGUUUCAAGAGUUGGCAGGUCAUGGUGUUCCUCUGCCAGAUACUUUCUCUUAUGGUGGUCAUGAAAAUUUUGCUAAAAUGAUUGAUGAAGCAGAAGUACUGGAGUUCCCAAUGGUAGUGAAGAACACACGGGGUCAUAGAGGCAAAGCAGUUUUCUUGGCUCGCGAUAAGCACCAUUUGGCUGAUCUAAGCCAUCUUAUUCGCCAUGAAGCUCCAUACCUGUUUCAGAAGUAUGUUAAAGAGUCUCAUGGAAGGGAUGUACGUGUCAUUGUCGUGGGAGGCCGUGUGGUUGGCACCAUGUUACGCUGUUCAACGGAUGGGAGGAUGCAAAGCAACUGCUCACUAGGUGGUGUCGGGAUGAUGUGCUCAUUGAGUGAACAAGGGAAACAGCUAGCUAUCCAGGUGUCUAAUAUCCUGGGAAUGGAUGUGUGUGGCAUUGACCUGUUGAUGAAAGACGACGGCUCCUUCUGUGUCUGCGAGGCCAAUGCAAAUGUAGGUUUCAUAGCCUUUGAUAAGGCUUGUAAUCUAGAUGUAGCUGGUAUCAUAGCGGACUAUGCCGCCUCCCUUCUGCCCUCUGGCCGGCUCACCCGGCGUAUGUCCCUGCUCUCCGUGGUGUCCACGGCCAGUGAGACUAGUGAGCCGGAGCUGGGUCCCCCAGCCAACACUGCUGUCGACAACAUGAGCGCAAGUUCCAGCUCUGUUGACAGCGACCCUGAAACCACGGAGCGAGAGCUGCUCACCAAGCUCCCAGGGGGCCUAUUCAACAUGAACCAACUGCUAGCCAAUGAAAUCAAACUCCUGGUGGAGUGAUUCCACCAGUAAAUAAUUAACCAACAAAACCCUUGUAAAACUUUCUUUUUCUUCUUUCCUUUUUUUCUUUCUUUUUUCUUUUUCUUUUUCUUUUUUUUUUUUUUUUUUUAACCAACUUGCAAUGCUGUUCAUGGAAAAUGCUCAGAAAGAUGAGAGAAAAUUGGGUAGGAUUAGUUAGGAGGGAAGAAGGGGGAGAUAGACGAGACCUUUGCUACUAAGAUGUUACUGACUUUGAUUUACAAAUCCUACCGAUAGAGAGGCAGAAGAGGUGAGAUACAGAAAAAUGUCAGGCUCUCAUAAUUUUACAUUACUCAGAAAUGUGUAGGCUCUCAGGCCGUGAAGAACAUAAUAUUUUCAUGGUCUCUUGCUUUUGUUUUUGUACAGUUGGUACAAAUUUCAGAAUAGUGUAACUUAACAUUGUGUUGUAAUCCGUGAGGAAGACAUCUACCUAAAUUAUAAUUUUUUUAUGCAAAUCUGAAAAUUCAGCCUAUACACUAUUAUCUAGGAGCUUUAUGUUCAUAGUUAUGAAAUCUUGAGGAGCUCUUUUAUUGACUUUUUCCCCCUUAAUUUGGGUGGGAGGGCAACCUGAAUG